CAUGAAGCUGCUCACCCUUGGAAGUUGAGUGGUGAAUUCGCGUGCGAUCUAAGUAAUCAAACGUAUCGUUUGGCCGUUAUAUAAAGAGCGAAGGCGCCUCAGAUUUUGGUUUGCAACAGUGAAUCUGGCUUUGGAGGAAAUAGCCGCAUACUGGUCCAGAAAUUGCUCAUUUUGUUGGAUGUUUAUAUCGGUGACAAGAGUUUGGCGCGCCCGGAUGUAAUUGGAAGUCGUCAUCGGUGGUAUGAGCGAGUUUCCUCGUGGAGAUGGAGGCCUGCACACAUGUUUUCCAGAUUUCUGGGAUCAAGGUCCGCGAUGAGAAGAGAGUUUUGAUCCAGGGAAUUCAGCAGCUGGGUGGGAAAUACAUUGGUGGCUCAGUAUAUCAGCAUGCCUGCACCCAUCUGAUAGUCCCACAGGUGUUGUCAAGCGAGAAGUUUUUGGCAGCUUGUGCUGCAGGAAAGUGGGUUGUAACUCCUGACUAUGUGCUGGAUAGUGUUAAGAAUGGCUCCUGGCUUGCAGAGGGGCCCUAUGAAGUGGCCAUUUCCACAGGUUCCACCGCUGCCUUCUACCCAGUCAAACAGUGGAGAGAGAAGGUGGCCAGUGGGAGACUGAAAGGGGCCUUUCAGGGCUGGAGGGUACUCCUCCUGGUCCAAGAGUCCACACGCAGAGCAAUGUUCAAACGGCUUCUAAAAGCAGGCAGGGCUGAAGUAUACCACUGCCCUCCCCCCUCUUAUACCUCAAUCACUCAUGUCAUGGCUAAGCCUGUUACAGAGAACUCAAAAUCCCACAAUGCUCCUUGUUACCCUGUGAGCCACAUAGUCCAGCACCUCUUUGGGACCGAAACAUUGUUUGGGGGGCAGAGCAAUCGUGUGGAUAUGAAUUUCAACAUAACAGAAGAACCAGCAGACAUAAAGGACAGUUUCUCUACUUUGGAGGUGGAGCUUAAGACAUAUGUACUCAAACAGGAGGUCCAGCCAAGACUGUGCUUUCUUGAAUUUUUGGGUUACCAUGACCCCUAUAGUCCCCUGGCUCAGGCAACAGAAAUGGACUUCAGCAAUGUUGGCUGCAUGAUAGAGUGUGGCCUCUUCACUGAAGCCUUGGACUCAAUCAGAAGUGCUGUGUACCCAGGCCUGCUGCCACCAGCACCAUACCUGAUAUCCCUCUUAGGAUACACACAGCAGGGUAAUGCCACAUCUGUCUACAUGAGAAAUUUCCAGCAGGUCAUGGAUAAACUAAUUGUUACCAACCCUCCGUGGAUGGCUCCCAAGUCUGUGAAAAAGUAUUUUACUCAAGUGUUGCAGUGUCCUCAGUGUAAGAAGGGCUUGUGGUCUUUUCUGGAGACAGCCAUCAGAUACUGUAUGUCCAGUGAAGACACCUGUCACCCACUUCCCGGGCCUGCUCUUCCAACACUGUUACACUUCCAUUGCUACAUCCUGGCUCUCUUCCUCAAGAUCUUCCAGGGGGAGCUCCACUCAGUCACUGCUGGAGAGUUUGUGCUGCUCCAGGGAACACGAGCCCCUCCAGCAUCAGCAUCAGUGUCGGGAUCUUUGCUCUAUGGAACCUUCUGGACUGUGUGGGAGCGCUCCACGCUCCUGUCCUGUGCUGUGAAAAAACUGCUGCAGCUUUUGAUACAGGCUGCCAUGGUGGACUAUGCUGAGAGGGAUGAAAAGCAGACGUUGCAUUUGGCAGACACCCUGCUGGAUUUCCUGUCUGUGUUGGUGGAAUUUUGGUGUCAGCAGCAUUGGAAACUAAACCAGAGCCUAGUGGAAAAAGGCCUGAAAGACCUAUCAGAACACCUUGCUGUCAUUAGCCAGGAUUUAUCUCCAAAUAUUUUGGUAGAGCUGGUUAUCAGGGUUCGCUCUUCCAGACUUAAGUUGAUGAUGGCUGAUGCCAUAUUCAGGAAUCUCUGCUCCAGAAAUGGAUACACUGUGGGAGAUGAACCUCUGUCUCUCAAGAAAACGGUGCUUUCCUACCUGCCUGCUCUGGAAAGUUUAGCUCUGUGUCCCAGUGGCACUUGCCUCAGGACUGAGAACACCUCACGCAGCUGCACUAAUCAGGGGACCGGCUGCAGACCUCAAAACUCUCCGGAGAAUGAAACCUGCUCGGAGAAAGACAACAUUCCCAGAGGUUUGAACAGAGUCAACGCAGCAGGAGAGACCCUCCUCCACAGAGCUUGCAAAAGGAACCAAGUGGAAACGGUGCAUCAGAUUCUGGCGCUUCCUGGCACAGACAUCAAUGUUAAAGACCAUGCAGGCUGGACACCCCUGCAUGAGGCAUGCAACCAUGGCAGCACUGAGUGUGUGGAAGCUUUGCUGCAUCACCGCCCUGCUCCUGUGCUUAAUAAUCAGGUAGAUGGAGUGAGUCCACUGCAUGAUGCCCUGCUAAAUGGACACAUGGACAUUGCCAAAAUGCUACUGGAACAUGGAGGAUCUGUUCUUCUCCGGCAGACCGAUGGGGACGGUCGGCUCCCGCUGGAUCUGAUCUCUGAACAAAGUCAGAGGGAAGAGCUCCUCCUUAGCGCACAGGUUGGAGACACAAAGUGUUUGAGAAACAAAGGGACUGAGGUCUUAAACCUUCCCCUCUUGGAGGCUGGAUCCUCUCUCCUGUCCUUACUCAUUUUCUCCUACCAUCGGGAGAGGGGCCUUCCUUGCCACACGCCAUCCAGUGACAGGCACCACAGCCUGGGCUACCGGCUGGCCAGAGCACUGGAAAUGCACUCCUUCCAGAAAGUAACUCAGGGCUGGACGGACCAGCGUGCAGUGAGGCUGGUGGAAGAUGUUGAGACAUUGUGGGAGCUCAGCAAAGGGAAGUACCAGGGGCAGGUAUCUCAGGGUGUAACAGAGUGCAAAGGAGAAAACACGCAGUUCCUGAUGAAGAUACUGGAGGAUCUUAAGUCACGAGGAGAAGCGCUAGUAACUGAUCUGUGAUCCAUAAGGUUAAAGGAUCCAUUUACACCACACCGAAACAGACUUAAAUGCAUGCCCCAUGAAUGAACAUAACAAAAAGGCACAGAAUUCACCAGGAGCCUUUAAAAUAUCUACACAGCCAAAAAAAAAAAAAAAAAAAGCUUUCUGUGGAUAUCUGCCUCUAAAAC